GCGGGGCGGGGCUACGGAAGCUGGCGAGGCCGACCCCGGGGCUUCCUGACCUCGCUCCCGGAACCCUCUGAGGUGGCGGUGGAUCUUACUCCUUCCCGCCAGGAGGAUCCAGCGACGUGCUACGGGCGUCCCGCGCCUGCAGGUCUCUGGAGCCAGUUGGAAGUGACUACCUUGAAGAUCGGCGGGAGCCGCGGGACCGAGGGGCGGGUCUGGCGCUAGGCCCUGCCCCUGCCCGAGCAGGAACCCUCGGAGUAGGUCGCAGUUCAGCCCAGCUGAGGCCUGUGUGCAGAAUCCGCAGCAACCAGCACCAUGUCCAUGACACUGGGGUACUGGGACAUCCGCGGGCUGGCCCACGCCAUCCGCCUGCUCCUGGAAUACACAGACUCAAGCUACGAGGAAAAGAAAUACACGAUGGGGGACGCUCCUGACUAUGACAGAAGCCAGUGGCUGAAGGAAAAGUUCAAGCUGGGCCUGGACUUUCCCAAUCUGCCCUACUUGAUUGAUGGGGCUCACAGGAUCACCCAGAGCAACGCCAUCCUGCGCUACAUUGCCCGCAAGCACAACCUGUGUGGGGAGACAGAAGAGGAGAAGAUUCGUGUGGACAUUUUGGAGAACCAGGCUAUGGACGUCUCCAAUCAGCUGGCCAGAGUCUGCUACAGUCCUGACUUUGAAAAACUGAAGCCAGAAUACUUGGAGGGAAUUCCUACAAUGAUGCAGCACUUCUCACAGUUCCUGGGGAAGGGGCCAUGGUUUGUUGGAGACAAGAUCACCUUUGUGGAUUUCCUUGCCUACGACGUCCUUGACCUCCAUCGUAUAUUUGAGCCCACCUGCUUGAACGCCUUUCCAAACCUGAAGGACUUCAUGUCCCGAUUUGAGGGCUUGGAGAAGAUCUCUGCCUACAUGAAGUCCAGCCGCUUCCUCCCAAGACCUGUGUACACAAGGGUGGCUGUCUGGGGCAACUAGUAGUGCCUGGAAGGCCAGGCGGUGGAGUGGGGAGCUCAUAUGCAGCCUACUGCCCAGGCUGUGUAGAGCACGUGGGCUCUGCACCUCAGCAUCUGCCUCAUCCUUUCUCCUGUUGAUUCCCUUCUUUACCCUCAAGACUCUAUUGGCCCUCUUCACUUCCCCUGAACCCCUGUCCCAUGAAGGCCCUUUAAAGCCUCAGCUACCCACUUUCCUUCAGGAACACCCCCCUCCCAACUUAUCUGUCCGUGCAAUAAAGCCAGCCUGACCUUCCUUCCUGUUAGUCAUUGUGUCUGCUUUGAGGGGCCUGCCUGGCUGUGGAGCUCAGCCCUGAUCUGUCCCAGCGCUGCAUGUAAGAGCAGCAUUGACUCGUUUAUAGGUCCUGCUCCUGCACCAUGGCCCCUGCCUUAGGCCUACCUGAUCCAAGUAAAGCCUCAACCACA